AUGAGUACGUCACCCAAACAGAAGCAGCCGGUCUGCAGCGAAAACUAUCCUCCCUCCAGUCAACAUCAACACCAGCGCCUGUUCGUCCGUCUGCCGUUAGGUCGCCUUCUAUCCCUUCACCACCAGCACCCGCACCAACCGUCGUCCAAGCCAAAGCACUCUGGGCGUACAACCUUGACGCCUCGGACCCCGACGACCUCCUUUGCAGCAGGCGACAUCAUCACCGUCAUCGAGGAGACCAACGCGGAUUGGUGGCUUGGCGAGCAUAAUGGCUGCAGGGCCCUCUUCCCCGCGAAUUAUGUCGAGAAGAUCACCGCGCCUGCACCUGCAGCUAGGACCCUCCCUCCAGUGUAUAUCCCACCUACGGGUAGUCGAUCCGUGCCUCCAGCUCCCGCUCCCGCGACGACGCAGAAGAAAGAGCUCCAGCAGGACCCCGGCCAGGAUGGGAAGAAGAGCAAAUUUGGAAAGUACGGUAAUACGAUGGCCCAUUCUGCUGCGGGUGGUAUAGGCAUCGGUGCCGGUGUGGCUAUUGGUGGUGGUCUUGUUAGAGUGAUAUUCUGAUUCAUUAGAGAGCGGGUAUUUAUUCCGACGUGAUGCAUCGUGUUAUUUAUUAUUGAUCCUAUACCUCAUUGAACAAAGGAUUUCAUAUACUUGUACUAUCGACUAUGCUCGAACAGAACAAGAACUCGUCCCAUUUAGUACGAAACUC